AUGCUGCUGGAAGGUGCGGGUUAUGGUCCAGCCUCCAACGAGUGGAGGAGGCCUGUUGUGCAAUUGUUGUUCGCGCGGGUUAAUACUGCAAAGCGGCAGCUGCAACUUGUGCUGGAGCAGCAGGGGCUCGCUCAAGACCAAUGGAAGGAAGCUGGAGACCAAGAAAGUGCUUGGGAGCAACAGCUGCGACUGGCGCUGCAGGAGAAGGCGAUAGCAGUGGGGAUAUUGCAGAAGGCCGCAGAGGCCAACGACGAGACGAAGAUCAAAGCGGCCAAGGAGGAGGUCGAGGCGGCCGAGACGAAGAUCAAAGCGGCCAAGGAGGAGGUCGAGGCGGCCGAGAAGAAGGUCGCGGCGGGUCCAGCCCAGGAAUUGCCGGGACCGACUGUGCCGGUGGAUUUGGGCGAUUUCGGGCUCCUCGAGCUUGGGGAGUUCAAGGCCGACGAGCUGCUCGACGUCAAGCAGUUCAUGGACUUCGUGGCACCCAACACGACCGCUGACAGACCGCUCUUCCUGCGAAAGCAUCUCCUCAACGUGCACAACAAGGCAGUGGAGGCUUUGCAGGCGGAGAAGAUUCGCCUGGUGUCGCUGGUCGGCUGCCCCGGCACCGGCAAGACGUGGUGCGGGUGGCUGGUGGCCUACACCCUGCAGAAGGUGGGCAAGAAGACCCUGCACCUCACCAUCAGGAACUCGACCGUGACGGCCAUCGCCAACUUCCAGGUGAAGAAGCAGUACACGAAGGUGAGCUGGAACGAGUACAUGCUCGAGCAGGUCCUGAGAGAGUCGGAGUGCCAGGUCUGCAUCGUGGACGUGAGCAUGGACAAGCCGGAUGCGGCCACCGACAUCUUCAUCGGCAUCCGGCAGCUGAUCGAGGACGGAAAGUUCGCUGACGUGAAGUUCAUGGGGCUGCUGUCGGGCCACGGCCAGGAGAAGAUCACAGGCAAGCAGCUGCCUCUGCAGGUCAUACAAACGCUUGUGCUUUGGAGCUGGAGCGAAGAGGAGGUCACCACCCUACGUACAAAGCUGAAAGAUGCAGGUUCGAAGCCUCCAUCUGACGAGGCCUACACGGUGUGUGGAGGAUCUGUGCGGUAUCUCUUCCGAUGCGAAGAAGACGAGAAAAGAACUAGAAAAGCCGUGAAAGGGCUCUCCCAAGAUGAGAUGAAGAAGUUGCUUGCCCUGGAUAUGACCUUAGACGACCAGCAGGGGAAGAACCGCAGCAGACUUCUCUCGUUCUUUCCCGCCAGUGGUGCUUCCAACGCAGAGGAUGCGACCUUCGCAGAGGGCGUCAGCGAAGCACGGCCGAUGCCCCGCUCCGACUUCGUCAUCAAGUGCAUCAAGCAGAACCAGCACGCGAAGUUUGAGGAGGUGCUGAGCAUGUACGGGAAGCUCUCGGGCAUGAACCCAGGCGCCGCCGGAAGUGCCUUCGAGGUCUUGGUCCACCUGUUCUGGCAGGAGGCUGCCGCGAAUAAGCAGAAGGUGGGGCUUUCACUUAAGGUUGGGGGCAAGGAGAUCGCCAAUGUGGAAGUGGAUUGCGCAGAGUUCCCGCAAAGCCCUAAAAGUAUCGAAGAGUAUGACAAGGAGGCCGUCGCAGUCCACAACAACCUUGUGGGCUACUUCACGUCUGACAGCCAGCGAUAUCCUGUGCUCGACAGCAUUCUCAGGUUCAAGUUUGCCGGGAAGACCGAGGUGUUGGCCAUCCAGAUCAGCAUUGCAAAGGAGCACAAGCAUGGCCCGCUUGAAGACCAGCCGCAGUUGCUGCCGCCUGCGCCAACCAAGCCGCAGUUGGCUUUGUGGGACUUUCGCAAGGGAGAGAAACCCUGCGAGUGGAAGCCCAAAGAUUCUCAUGACUGGGAGCUGCUGCACGUUAGCUGCCAAGACUUUGACAAGCGGAUGGGGUGCAGUUGA